UUUUUUAAAUCAUAUUGAUUUAACAAAAUCGUUUCGAAUGUUUACAGCAUUUGGAAAAUAUUUCUAGCAAUUUUCAUAAAAGAAACCCAUUUUGGAAUCAGAAAAACUUUCCGUCCAACAUCUUAAAGUACAUUAGCAGUGACGACAAAUGGUUUGAACUGACACCAAAUGCAAACGUACUUUGUUCAUGUUUGAACCACUGUCAAUCAUUGAAUAUCUUCCAUUUAUGGAAUUAUCGAAAAAACAAUUGACAUAACCUCAGAACGUUUAACAUAAAAUUUGAACACAAUUCUUCUACUUCAAUCUUUAUCCUGGCUAAAAGGAAUUUUCAUUUGUCUUUUAGUUGAUAAUAAUUUGUAGUAAAAGGUUAAAUUUGAUUCGGCGAAUGCAAAACAAUUUGAAUUUUUUUUUAUAAAUUUGACACGGAAAAUAUGGAUUCAACCAAGGGAAAAUCGAAAGCGAGCCGCGAAGAAAAACAAGCGACCGCAAAACUUGACGAACAAAUCGAGAAAUUGAUAAAGUCACUGGGUAGCUCAACAAGUCUCGAGCAAAAGGUUGCGCAAUUGGCCAAAAAUUAUGUCGAAUUGGAACGAGAGAACAACAAACAGACGGCUUCGUUGAGACAAGGUGAAAAGGUUCUGGAAAAGGAAUUGCGCGAAAAGGAGCAUUUACAGCGCGAAUACAAUAAAGGUGUCUUGAUUAGAGAUAAAUUGGAGCAAGUAUGUCGUGAACAACAGAAGCUCAUGAAGUCGAUAAAAAGCGAGAGUAUGUCGAAGAUUCGAGAUGAGGAAGAAAAGCGAAAAGAGACUCAGGCUCAUUUCCAAAAGUCGAUCAACGAAAUUUUCAGCACUCUUGGCAAAAACAACGAUGAAAAUCUGAAAAUCAAGGAAGCAAACACGGAAAUGACCAAAAAAUUCAAGUAUUUGGCCGAACAAUAUGAGUUGCGUGAAAUGCAAUUGGAAAAACUUAACGAACAAAUCAAAUUGGAAACUCAGUUGAACGAGGCAAAACUGGCUAAGGUGCACAUGGAAUCAACGAUUGAAAAGGAAAUUUUGCUGAAAGAAAAGCAAGCGGCUCUUGAGGAGGUUUUAGCAACGAAAAAAGCAAUUGCCGAAAUGGAAAGUCGCGAACGGGCGCUUAAAGAGCAGCUUUCGAUUUACACGUCAAAGUAUGACCAAUUCCAAAAUUCGCUACAGAAGAGCAAUGGUGUUUUCGCCACAUAUAAAGUUGAAUUAGAAAAAAUGGCAAAACGAACCAAAACAUUGGAGAAAGAAGCGUACGAAUGGCGUUCAAAGUACGAGAAAUCCAACCGAGCAUUGUUGAAUACGAUUUCCGAUAAGCAAGCCCAAGAUGAAUACACGAAAAAGUCCGCACGUCAGUUGGCUCAAUUGCAAAAGUUAUGCCGCACCCUUCAGGCUGAACGUGCUGCAUUGCUUGACACACUCAAGGUGAAUAAUAUUGAAAGACCGGCGAUGCCGGAACUACCACCCGAACCAACAGACAUUGAGCCACCACCAAAACCAGCUGAUAAACUCGAUAUGAUGACUCAGAAUUGCAAAGAGCUGAAAGAAACACUCGCUCAACUACAAGGACAAUUGAAUGCAAUCGAGAAAGACGACAAACAAAAGGGAAAAAAUGGUGCAGCAGCAACGGCAGCACCAGAAAAUAAGAAAUCAGCAAAGUUAAAGAAGAAUAAAGGUAAAAACGGAAAAAGUACCGAUGAAUCUCAAUCGAAGGAUACUGGCAAAGAAACUGAAGCAAGCGGGGCUGAUGUCGUUCCAACCAACGAAAACACCGUUGCCGGCAACGAAAAUAAGACUGAUGAAGGCCAGAACGGUCAAGUCGUGGUCGACUCAAAAGACGAUAGUCCAGUAGAAAUCGACGCAAGCAAUAAGGAGGACGAUUCAACCACGAAACCAGAACCACCAUUGCCUGAACAAGUGACUGUAGCGGAAAACUAAUCCACAUACAUUUCUCUAACUCAUGCCAUAAAGUCGGCUCAUUCAUUGCAUUAAAAUUAACAAUAAAGCUUAAGUUUUUCUUGCUAAUAACCACCCUCACACUGCAACGAUUUCAUAAAUCAUGCAUUUUCAAAAGAGUUUUAUAUGUAUUUAAUUUAAUAUCAUCGUCGACGACUGCCAUGGUAUUAGUUUUUAUUUGUUUGAAAUUAAUUUCCCCGUUUGAAAGUGUUUUUGAUACUAAUUCAUCUAUUAUAAAAUAUUUGUCAUUGAUUUGAAAUAAAAUAAAAUCGAAAAUA